UUUGACCUAUGACACCAUUGAGGUGAUAUCUUUCUGCAUGUUUUGGUUUUUGUUUUUUGUUUUUUUUCCUGGCUAGGAUGACCUGUGUAUUGGAGAGAGAAGUAACCCAUUUUUAUCUUGGGAUUAAUCUCUAUCUUUACAUCUUAGAUUGUUUGUCCUAUGAAAUGAACUCUUAUGGUCUCUAGGGAGCAGUGGCACAUGACAGGGUUUUGUUAGUAGAGAGGUGAUAAGAAAAAAUGUUCCUUGGUAUCAAGGCAAAACGUUAGGACAAUAAUAAAAGCCAGGCAUGGGUUUAUUCAGUAAUGAUUAACUUAAGGAGGGUAUUGUGCCACCCAGUGACUUCACUUAUGGACUUGGGACUAAGAAGAUAUCAAUAAGUUAAUGGCAUAGACAUGUAUGCAGCUUAGAUUGUUGCAGACUUCUCCUGUGUUAGCCAUGGGAAUUCAAAUGUUCCUACAAAAACUCUCAGGACUGCUGUUCCUGCUGUGUGCCCUACCCUGGACUGAAGGUGAGAAGGUGCUGGUGUUUCCCAUGGAGGGCAGCCACUGGCUGAGCAUGAGGGAUGUUGUGAGAGAGCUCCACACCCGAGGUCACCAGACUGUGGUCCUGGCUCCAGAGGUGUCCGUGAACAUCAAAGAAGAGAACUUCUUCACCCUUAAAACCUACAGCGUUCCAUACACCAAGGAAGAGUACAGGCACCAAUUCCUGGGCCACCUUCAAAAAGUUUUUGAAACUGAAUUUUCUCUGAAGUUUGUUUUACAGAACAUGGCAAGUGUAAAUAACGUAUCAACAUUCUAUGUGAGAUCUUGCAUGGGUCUGCUGCACAACGUGGCUCUGAUCCAGCUCCUGAAUUCCAGUUCCUUCGAUGUGGUGUUGACAGACCCCUUUUUCCCCUGUGGGGCAGUGCUGGCUAUGCACCUGCGUGUUCCUGCUGUGUUUUUCCUGCAAUCCAUGCUCUGUGAACUAGAAUUUGAGGCAACAUACAGUCCAAACCCUUCUUCUUAUGUUCCUAGGUUACUAACCACGAAUUCUGAUCACAUGAGCUUCCUAGAAAGAGUGAAGAACAUGGUUUACCCUUUGCCAUGGAUGUAUUUUUGCCAUGUUAAUUAUGGUCCUUUGGAGAGACUUGCCUCUGAGGUUUUGCAGAGGGAGGUGUCCUUGGUGGAGGUUCUCAGACAUGCAUCUGUGUGGCUACUGAGAAAGGACUUUGUGUUCCACUACCCCAGGCCCUUCAUGCCCAACAUGGUAUUCAUUGGGGGCAUAAACUGUGCCAACAGGAAGCCACUCACUCAGGUCUGUAUUCAGUCUUUAUUCAAAUGAGUUUCCAGCAAGAUUGUGUUAAAAACCACAAGCAAACAAAAGCAAAUUGCUCAGUUACCUACUCACUUUUCUAGGGAUUUCUUUUACUUUUCUUCUUCUUCUUCUUCUUCUUCUUCUUC